GAACUCUGAAAUUUUAAAAUAUCAGAAAAGUCUUAUAAGAUCUGCAGAGCUAGAUAUAGCGAAGCUGUUGACAUAAGGAAUGGUUCAACCCCUUAACUACCAGAUAGUUCUGGUGGUGGCUCUUUUUGCAUCGGGGCGCAUCCGGAAAAAUGGAAAAUCCGGAAGCUGUGUGAGUAUUAGAUCCCUCCUCCCGUUAUCCCAUCACCCGUCGACAAACGCCUAUGGAUCCUUCCAUCCAUCGACCUUCCAAAACUCCCAGUCCCUUAUUCAUUAAGUUAUUCAGGUUUAAAUAGUAUUGACUUACUAUACAUUAUCUUGUCAAGGCACUACGGAUCGUACUGUACGUAUAAUUAUUAACCCUCACGGAUAAAGUUUUCGUGUCAGUGCUGCUUCUCUCUAUCCUCCUCUCUUCACCCUCAUGAGAUACUUUCCGCCUCACAUCCAUACUCUCCCGUUUGCUAGCCUUCCUUCUCCGUUUAUCCACCUUCUUCAUCGCCUCUUGUGUCAACUCUUGCCGGAACAUUCUCUCAAUAACUUCCUUCUUGCGCGACUUACGGUCCCCAAUCCAAAUCAAAACACCACCCAUGAUGUUGCAUGUAAGUGAGCAGCAGAGAAGUACAGUCGUAAGGGCGGACGGGCGAACUUCGUAAUGGAUAGCCCACGUGCAUGUGCCCAAUGCUAUCUGGAAGAUGGAGUGGAAGUCCAGCAGCACGAUGAUAGCAAUCAGGAGGCGGAGGGGGAAGGCUGUGUGGGUGCUUGUUUCAUGCGGUUUGUAAAAUGUGUGUGAUCUCGAGAGCUUCUUUUGAUGGUGCUCCAGGCGCUUCUGCUGCUUUGCGUUGAGGACUGAGUAUUCCUCUGGUUUGAUUUCAUCGUUGGGGCGUCCGUCACUAAGAUUAUCCACGGUAUUUAUUUCGGUAUCGAUGUGUUGGUUGGUGUCGUCUAUCCUCUCCUUGGGAAGGUCGUUUUUGUUGUGGAGUUUAGGGAGCGCUUUUUCCUUCCGCAGACGCCAGGUCAUGUGGGCAUAGCGCGCGACAAAAAUCAUGUGGUAUGUGUCAAUUGCGCGGAACGGGGCAAGUCCGUCUCCUACUAUGGCGAAUAAAGCGACGAGAACAUUGUCUAUGACGUUGAUGAUAUAGAGCUGACGCCCGCCAACAUUGAUCCACCCUAACUUCACGAAUAUUGCAUUAGGUCAAUGUGCUUUAUGAAGUUUAAACGUAGAGCGCUCAUUGUAAUCAGAGAACACACCUAUGAGGAACAGGACCCAAGCAAGACCAAAAAGUGUAAUUAGUGUCGCAUAGAGCGUGACUAGAAACCCAAGAGCUGCAUAUGAAAAUAUGUUAGUACUGUGACAUGAUGGUGCGUAAGGGAGUUAGUUAAUUGGUUGACCCACGUUUCCGAACAUACUGCCCAAAGCCCUUCAUAGAUCGUUUGAACUUAGAUCGCCGCGAAUGAAGCAUAUGUCUAACAUGAUCAUUGAGUUCCAGCUUAUCUGCCUCACUCCAGCCAGGAAGCGUUUCCCCGUCGGGUAAAACUGCGAAACAAAGGUCAUCAAUAACUGUUGAGCUGGAGCUCUGUAGACGAAAUCGUUCUGAUAUAUCUUUCUCUUCCCCUGCCAGGCUUUCGCGAUCACUCUCAGGCUCCUCCGGCUGGGAGGCCUCUUCAAUUCUAGGAGUCAAUUGGUACGACGGUCUACGAUUUAAAAGCCGCCCAAGAUCAGGUACGAAGAGGGAAUUUUGAACAUUUGUAAGGGUAGUCAGGGUCGAUAUUUCAGGAUCAACCACUCGGACCUAUAUCAGCGCCGUGGUUGGCAAAUGGCCCAACCCAUUGGGGAUCCGAGCUACUUCUACGCCGGUUCGCAAUCUCAGACACAUUUGUCUUGUUGUCGCGCUGUCGGUUGGUUCGAAGCGUCGCUGUUUGUGUAGGAUUGGAGGGAAAGCGUAGGACUCGUAUACUCGGCCUCUGUGAACGCCCUGUAAGAGACCCAUCUCUAUUGCGGUUUGACGAUCCAUUGCCCGGCGAUGGCGAUGGGUUGGAUGCAGGAGGGGGGGCGGCCUCCGAAGGCUCAAUGAGAUCCAUUAAAUCUGUGAGAGACGUGUUGGGAGAUGUAUCGUCAUUUCUACCAUGAAAACAGGACGAAGACGGCAUACCUUAUAGAAACAAUAUGAAGGUUUCGUAGUCGCCAAAGUCUCUUCCAAAGGUUCUUCAACAAGCGGACGAAAAAGAUGAAAAUCGCCGAGCAUUGACGUCACUUCUGACAAAUGCAGCCUCACGUCAUCGCGCUGCAGAGCGAGACCGCUAACACCACGCCAAAACCCCACCAGUCUGUCUCCUCACGCAGUUUAUCAUUGGGGUAAAGUACACCUUGCAGUUUAUUAUUAUUGGAGUCAAAUACUACUGACAAGGUUUGGUGCCGUGUUGCCUAGUUCAAGAGAGCCUUAAAUACGCGCGAUCCGGAUCGCACAGUCAGGUUACAGCCCAAACUGUAGCUGAGCAUGUACGCGCCUCAACAUCAUGGAGUUUUGUCGUCUUUCUAAUAAUGAAUGUCAAAUGGCGCAUGACAGCCCUUUCCGAAUCGAAAACAGAAAUUUUUCACCGCCAGAACCUGGAUCCGGGGCCCUGGGGUGGGGGAUUUCCAUACCUGCUAUGGGUUCUCUGAUCGGCUUUAUCGGAUGGCCGUCUUUAGUUACUCAGAAAGUUGCAAUGCGGAGAUACCCAAGGGCUCAUUGCAGAUACGCUCUUUGACUCCUGCGCAAGACACUGGCUCCUAUCAAUUUAAAAUGUGGGCUCAUCAAGUUUCCAGAUCGCAAGGCUACUGGUCGCUUGGCAGCUCACAAUAUCAAAUCAGAAAUGCGCGCUAAAACAUGUCAACAAUGUUAUAUUUAACCACGUUGACUACAGAUGCCUAUCUUUGUCCACCUCUCCAUGUUUCAGGAACCGGUUAAUACCACCAGAGAGAUCACCACCUAGGGCGUGACGUGAUGACAAGGCUCAAUUUACUCGAGAUCACUUUGAACUGCGAUGCCAUGCAUGAAAUCAGGCUCCGUGGCCAAAGCUGUUGUAGUGCGUGUCAUCUGGAACUCGACAGGAUUCCUCUUUCCUGUCGCAUGAUUAGUGCUUUAUACUCUUUAUGAAUGCCCGACGCGGCUCUUCCUAGUUCUGCAUCUGCCUCUGUCGGUAGCUGUAUAGCCUCGUUGGGGCUCAUCCAUUCAACAAACCCGGAGAUGUCUUUAGGCUUAAUUGAAGACAAUUUAAUUUGAACCAUUUCUUUCUGCAUCCACCAACAAGCCCAAGCGGCGAUGCAAUGCUGCGAAUCCUAUUGCACUGGAAAGGGACAUACAUAUAUCUUCCUUGACUGCAAAUCCUCAGCAAUCCUCAGUGGCGUCUUUGACUCGAAAUUUUCUUAAUCACUUGAGUUUCCGCGUCCCAAAUGAGGAUGUUACAUGUGGUUCCAAUUAAGGAUCGAAUGCCCCCACAUACGAGAGAGUCAUAAAGCGCUCGACGACGGUAUCUAUAAACUCUUCGUUCCGACGGUAUAUCUUAGCCACCUUUCUCAUGGCAACUUCACUUUACAUGUUUAUCAACAGCCAAAUUUACUCUUUAUCAAAAUCGCCAUCAGCUACAAACAACAGCCUCUCUAGCCCGUCAUGACAGAUUUCGCAGUAUGGAGCCCUAUUGUGUCAUUCCUCACCCUAAUCCAGUAUAUAAAUGGGUUCGCUGGUGCAGCAGGAGAAAUGCGAACCGCCGACGACAUUAUAAAUUGCACGUCCGACCUACUUAUCGGCGUCAAAUAUGAUUUCGAAAAUUUUAGGAACUAUCUACCAAGUUCGCGCAGAAGAUACACCGAACGCCAGAUUGACCGCACCGACAAAGAGCUCAAAAAGGCGCAACAAAUCAUCGCUGGCAGCAAGGACAAAAAUGCGGCCAAGCGCCGAAUCAACGACAUCUGUUGGGUCCUAAAAACUAAAGCAGAGUUACAGACGUGCUUAACUGCGCUUCGUCUAUAUCAUAUCACACUAUCACAGAUACGCUCGGAAUUGGCCUUCUUGGAGAGCACAAUUCCCUGGACCUCGAAUCGUUUGUGCCUGGAACUGCGAACAUUUUCAAACCCACGUUUAGGACCACCGGUCGAUAUGAACAAGGAACCCAGGGUGUUAACCUGGGCUGAAGGCGAACGCUCAAAUGGCAGCCAGCACUCACUCCCGACAUCGCAGCCUCGGCACCGGUUUCUUACAAUGUCUUCGUUACCCUACGCGGACGACCGCUUUGCAAUCUCCCCACGUUACUCGGAUCCAGAAGAUUUGGGCUUGUGGCUUCUCCAGCAACGCUGUGACGUUGACCGUGUGCGAGAUUAGAAGUGUUGUUCAUCUCACGGUGCCUCAUUUCUCGAAUAUUUAUCUUUCUUCUCCAAUAUUUAUGUGGGUCUCGCUAUGCUCAUGCGUUAUAAAUGCUGCGUUUUCUGGCGAAAUUAUGUUUCCGGGAACGAAUAUUGUUUUGAUAUAAAUAUGUUCUGUUCAUAUAUUAAUCAUUGAAAAUAAAAUAUCAUCGUAAUUCGGUCCGAGGCUAAUUAUUUUGGACAAGUGUAGGAGGAUUUCCUACUAUUGAAGAGAAGAUUAAUAGACUAAAAUUUGGUAUCUGAAACGAAGCAGGGAAAAAUACAUCCAAUUGGCUUUUCGAAGACGCAGCCAGGCAACUAGGCGACGAGAAAACUGAGAUUUCCGAAGUGAAAAAAUUUAUAUAUCCAGCGUUGCCUGCAUAAAUUCUGCGUGGCCCCGCAUCACGCUGGGAAACACGAUAUCAACCCCUCCACGCCAACUAAACUCCCAGCUUUCUGGGUGCCUGUCCAUCAUGCUCCCUAUCAUACUCGCCGUUCUACACAAUAUGAGAAGGUGUUCACCUCGCUUUUGGCUGGUCGCAUCAUUAGCGUACUUUUCGAGGGCGCUGGCUAGGUUCAUGGCAACGCUGUUCUCUACUAAAUGUUUAAGUGACAAUUCCAAAGUGAGGGGACCGUUGAAUAUGAAAAGGGAUAUUGCAAAAAGGAAUAAAUGGGCUCUACUUUACCAUUCGAACGCUUCUCUAUAACAUUGGAAAUGAUCGUUCGCGCAAUAUAUCUGGAUAUCGAUGCCCCGCUCUCGUCGCAUUGUGUGCGAUAAAAAUUGAUCGCGUGCUGAUCAAUGAACAGCCGAAACGAAUUGAUCUCUUCCCGAAUCGCGCUAUCCUCUGGCGGUUGGCCAUCAUGGAUUGUCCCCAGUGCUGUGGGAUGACGGCGACGGGUGCCUGUUCUCGAUGGCCGCGUCCUCGCUCCAGUAUGAAGAUGUGUCCUCGAACUUGUCGACUGCGAAUGCGUCCUUGGCUUAGAGCUUGAGUGCGGUUUUGGAACUGCAGAUAGAGGUUGGGUCCGAUUUCUCGCCCCGGUGCCUGUGGCAAGCCUUCUUUGGGACUGCGUUCGAUGUGAAUUUGGACGAGUUGCCGGACGGGGUUUGUUAUAACUGGUACCGGGAGGAUCGUUGUCGCGUUGAACCUUGCUGGAACCACAUCCCAUAAUACCUGCAUUGUUUGCACUAAAAAAUGAUUAUGCCUCAGAAGUACAGUACAUUCUAUGAUCGCAAGAGAGAAUUUUGUAAUGUCGUGGCCUAGGAAAAUGAGCUUCUUGUUUUGUGCACCCCGGGUCGGCAAUGUUGUUUAACGGCAAACCCCCAGGCAAGGCCCAUGUUUCAACCGGCACGGAGCUAUUGAUGACAUUAAACCACCACGUCAUCCUUUAAGUCUUCAAAGCUAUAAUACCCAGGCGCUGGGCAGUUCCUUUGUUGGGAAAAAUCCUGAGUUAGCUGCCCACCAACAUGGUGGUGGUGCUUCGGUAAAUAGCUAGCUUCUGACGAAUAUUAAACAAAGCUUAGCUUUUUUUUAUUUUUUUAUUUUUAUAAAUUUAUUUUUUUAAGAUGGACAACUCUGUGCUCAAUUCUCGGGGUCACCCAUUUCUCCCUACAAAUUUGAUGCAUAUUUGCAAAAUGACACAUGUUUUGCAUGCUGGGUUAUUUUGUUGAAUAAAGGGACAGA